AUGAAGUUGACGAGCCGGCUGAGGGAGUUGAAGUCAUGUGAACAGUUUCGAGGAGUUAUAGUCGGUUGGCUGGAUCCGGAAGCAAUACACUAUAGCGGACAACGAGCUCCUGCACAGUGCCGACGGAGUAGUUUUUCUUCGAUGAGGCGACAGGUUAAACGCGUUUGUUUCGCCGAACAUCACAGUCGAAGACGCUUUCGCGGAAAGGACGACGGCUGCGCAACGGGACCGGAGGAUGAAGAGAAACAGCACAGCGCAUGUUCUCCGGACAUCCUCCGGCCACUCGGCUGCAGCUUCGACGACGACGGCUAG